UCUCCCCUACAAAAAUGAGGGAGUACUACGGAGCUAUUCGUCGCUUCAAAUCUCCCCGACCCUUCCACCUUCUUCCUCGCUUCUCUCCCGCGCGGCGCCAAAACACCAGUCCGCCAUGUCUCCCUUGCUCCUCCUCCUCCUGGCUCUAGCCCUCCCGCUAGCGCUAUCCACGCCGGGGUCGGCGUCGGAGACCCAGGAGGACGACCUACGGUGCUUACACGGCGUCAAGAGCGCCCUCAAGGACCCCGACGGCCGCCUCUCGUCGUGGACCUUCGGCAACACCUCGGCGGGCGCCGUCUGCGAGUUCCCCGGAAUCACCUGCUGGAACCCGCAGGAGUCGCGCGUCCUCGAGCUCUCGCUCGCCGGCUUCGGCGUCCAGGGUAACGUCCCCUCCGCGCUAAAAUACUGCCGGUCAAGCACCUCGCUCGACCUCUCCAAGAACGCGCUCGAGGGGCCGAUCCCGCCCGCGCUAUGCGACUGGCUGCCCUUCCUCGUCAACCUCGACCUCUCCGGCAACCGGUUCUCCGGGCCGCUCCCCUCCGAGCUCGUCAACUGCCGCUUCCUCAACUCCCUCAAGCUCAGCCACAACAACUUCUCCGGCCAGAUCCCCGCGUCGCUGUCGCGGCUGGUGCGGCUCAAGUCGCUCGACCUCUCUGAGAACCGGCUCGACGGCCAGAUCCCGCCCCAGCUCGGCGCGACAUUCCCCAAGGAAUCCUUCUCCGGGAAUCCGGGCCUGUGUGGACGCCCUGUAUCCUCGCGCUGCGGCCGCGAUUAGCAGAUCGACAACGAAAUUUAAUCACACAAGAGUAUUACUUCAAUAGAACUAGGCUUUAUAAAUAAAGCAAACAUUCUUAUACACCAGUCUCAGAAGAUAAACGUAGAAGUAUAUGUUGUACUACCGCUGUUACGUCAAAAUAAAUAAAAAUAUACAUCACGUGAGAAGUAAGAGCACCUGCAAAGCGCCGUUCAAACGGACGACUCACUUUACACGUAUU